AUGUCCGACUCCGGCACAUCCUCAGCGGACAUCAUCACUUACAUCGGCGUACCCCUGGCCGUUCUCGGCGUUCUCCCGAUUCUGUACAACACCGUAGCCACCCUCGCCGCCCGCUCGCGCAUCUUGCGCAUGCUCCGUCAUGCCAGACUGACCGCCCUCACCCGCUCGGACGUUGUCAACCGUGUCAUUGAGGUCGACCUCCCUCGGUAUGCCGUCACUCCAUGGGACCGGUUCGACCAUCGCGAGGAGUACUGGGCUCUGUCCCGGCACCCGUCAUCCAUCCCGGGCGGUAGUUGGACGACCUUCAACUGGCGCACGAAUACCAUUGGCCUGAAGACUCAGCGUGUCGAAUAUGCGGACCAGCUGCGGCAGCCCCAAGUCGAUGUCACUUUUGAUGAGUUGAUCUGCUACCUCCUAGACCUCGGUGCCGUGCCUGAUCCUCACGGUUGGAGGUUACUCAGGAGUACCGGCCUAUGGACCCCAGUUGGAUGUACUCUGAUGAAGAGCCCCGAUGAUCAACAUAAAGCUCUCACCGUCGCGCCGCUUAACGACUCAGACGGCCAUCUGUCACUGGCAGUAACUUGGUCUUCCCACUGGACCACCAGAAGCCAUGAGUCUUUACCUCCCUACUGGGUCCGCCUUCCGCCUCCUCCAGCACUCGAAAACCAGGACGAGGAACCCAAAGAUACGAUCACCGAAGAAUCAGACACCGCAUCAGACACCAAGAAAGUCCCCUCCCCAACGUCCUCCGUCGACUCCAUCUCCCGCGCCGUCACCACCAACGCCCAGAAGCCCAUAGCCUGCAAGAUAUCCAGCCACGGCCUCAUCAGCGCCAUCCCCGAAGACGAGGACCACCCCACCACAAGCCUCUACAUCGACCACGUCCGCGUCCGCCCCGGCUCCUCCACGGGCGUCUGGUUCGCCAGCGCCGCCACCGCCUACGGCACCUCCAGCACCACCAUGCUCUGGAACUACCGCAUCCCGGACGACAUCCUCACCUUCGCCCGCGCCUCCUCCGUCCCCUGCGGCGUUCUCGAGCUCCUCGGCAUCGUCGACGACUCCCAGACGCCCGAAUGGGCCUCCAAGAACGACGAUAUGAGAGACCACAUGGAUCUGAUGAGCCGCCGCAUGCGCGAGCAGCAGAGCGCCGUCCAGGCUGAGUUGCGCAUGAGUCCCGCUGACCGCGAGAACGCCAUACGGGCACGCAUGCGGAAGGAGACAGACCAGCGUCUCGACGAUCUCCGAGAUAGGAUGCGCCGCGACGCCCAGCGCAGGGAAACCCGAACCCACGAGGCGAUGCAGUCCCCGAAAUGGGACGCCGCCCUCGUGGCCUCCCACAGCCUCCGCUGGCUGCAGCACCACGGCCACGUCUCCUCGGACCCCAUCAGCGGCUCGCUGCGCGCCGUCGCCGCGGGGCUGCUGCACCGGAUGAUCCUGGACGGGGUGUUCGCGGGCGAGAUGGGUGCCGUGCUGGACCAGUGGAAGACAUGGGCCGAAAACGGCGGGAUGCGCAAGUCGGAUUACGAGAGGCUGCGGGAGGGCCCGAAGAACUUUGCGCUGGCGAGCUUGUUGGUCGCGGUGAUUAAGGACGCGGGAGGGGCGACGGAGGGGACUUUGAGCAUGGAUUUGCAGGAGUGUCUGCGCAUGUGGCGGCAGGUAAGGUUAGGAUGA